AUGUCUGGCCCUCUCGAUCCAUUCGCUGAAUUGUGGCAGCACGAGCGCGAGCAGAUGUCUCGACUGAAUCCACCCACUAGGCGUCUUCCUCCCGGAUUGUCCGAUAUCAACAUCUCCGCUCAGCCAAACUUCAUGCGUGAUAACACCGCACUCCUCGCCAAUGGGCCUGGACCCAAGCUGGGCAAUAUCCAUCGUCCCAGCCGAAGCGACCCUGACUGGUUCCCAACAACAAGCCGGUACGACAAUCCUGACUCACCUCUAUUUCGUCGCACUGCACCAGAUUCGGCUGGACCUUCAAGAAAUGCAUUUGCUUCACGUCCAUUUGGUGUUGAUGAAACCAGCACUUCGCAAAAUGUACUCGCUUCACGACGUUUUGGUCUAAAUGAACCUAGCACUUCUUUUGCUCCACGUCCAUUUGCACUCGAUGAGCCUAGUACUUCGCGAACUGUAUUCGCUCCACGUCCAUCUGGACUCAGUGAGCCCAGUACUUCGUUUGCUCCACGUCCAUUUGCACUCGAUGAACCCAGAAAUUCGCGAAAUGUGUUCGCUCCACGUCCAUUUGGUCUCAAUGCACCCAGCACUUCGCGAAAUGGAUUCGCUUCACGUCCCUUUGGUCUCACUGGUGAAGCUAGCACUUUGGACAAUACCUUUUAUCACAGUCGGCCGAGAGUCCAACUUCACCCUAUGCCUGGCACAGAAGAAGAGAAGUUUAAGAAGCUUGAGGCCACAUUUUUGGCCGGCAAAGGGCAGGAUUCCUCGAGUACCGCGACUCGCAAGAGACCACUAGAGAUAUCUGACGAAGAUGACGAAUGUCCUUAUAGACCGCAACAAUCUCAAAACACUCCGUACGGUCUAACAAUUGCCAAGUCAUGCCCACCUCUUGAGCAGAAGGAGGCAACGGACAUGCAUACUUUGGUUUCAGAUACGGCACGUAUCGAACAUCCCUCGCAUGAAUUUACUCUGCGUGUUCCUACUACUCCCCAAGUCCGUCCACCCGGCAGUUGGCCGGAAACAACCUCAGCAGCAACACGGUUUGCCGACCUCACUAACAACUAUGUACCGGAGCAAGCUCUUAACCCUGCUUCAAGCUGGGCUGGGUUGACAGCGCGCUUGACGCGUGUCGUUGGUAACAACAUGACCAGGCGCGCUAACAACACCGCUAGAGCUGUGCGUGGUGUUGGUAACCACAUCACCCAGCGUGCCACCAAAACCGCUAGGGUUGUGCGUGUUGUUGGUCAUGAUAUAAGUCAGCGUGCUACCAUCACCGCCCGACGAGCUGUGAAUGUUGUUGGAACCUUCAAACGUCGCAUUCAGCAAGUACUCCACAGAGAUACAAAUGAGCAUGGUCCUGAAGAUCACCGAAGAGGACCACCUGCCGAUUCUGAUAUGCCGUUGCUUGACGCGGCUUCUGUUGUUGAUGAUGCUUUGAGUUCAGAUGUGAUGGAUGCCACUCUCGAGCCGCUCCAUCCUGUUGAAAUGCCGUCGCUUGACGCGGCUUCUGUUGUUGUUGAUGAUGCUUUGAGUCCAGAUGUGAUGGAUGCCACCCCCGAGCCGCUCCAUCCUGUUGAAAUGCCGUCGCCGGCGGACGGUAUUUUCGAACUUGUCGAGAUUGAUUUUAGUGGUUUCAACUUUUGGUCUAGCCGUUCCGAUUCCUCAGAUACACCCAGCUCUGGUUCGGCCACCAAGCCCAAGUCUUUGAAACGUGCCGCACCCGAAUCCGAAGACACAGUCCAUCCUUCCAAGAAGUCCGAGACCCGAGCUCCGAUGGCCUUCUCUCCCCUUCGCACACGCGGCUCAUUUGUGCGUAAAAUGUUUCCACCUGCUCACGUGGGGAGUCUUGCAGUCGCAGAGGCAAUAGAAGCCCAUCGUGCAGGAGAUCCCGAGCCACUCAAGCGCAUCAAUUACAGGAGACGAGCAUAUUUUCUCCCAUUCAUUCGCGUUCCUUCCACCGAGGUGAAGGAAACUGCUAGCCAAAGACCCAAGACGGCACAGUCUCAAGAGGUGAAAACGAAGAGUAUUUUGAAGACCAGCAGUAACGCUGUGGCCUCAUCUUCGAGGUCUUCUGUGGUCGAUGCGACUACCGUCAGCUUUUCUGAUGCCAAUCAUGAAAAGCAUACGCCAAAGCCGAAGCCCUCCCGCAAAGUUCACUUUCCUAACUCGCCUGUGACAGGCGAGCGUAUUAUAACACCUCGCAAUGCGCCUCCUGCCCCAUGGACACCGUCACCGUCACCGUCACCGCCAAGGGCACGAAUUGGACAUCUCCAGCAUCUUCUCGAUGCGCACGCGAGAAAUAUCCUUUCCAGCGAAGAAACCGAUGUUAAAGCUAUUACCGAUGAAGAGCAAAAGGAGAACAUUGCUCCUAUGGCUCCUGAUACCACGUCCCGCGAUUUGAUGAGCACUGAAGUUACGUCCCGCGAUUUGAUGAGCACUGAAGUUACGUCCCGCGAUUUGACGAGUACUAAAGUUACGCCCCGCGAUAUGUUGAGCAAUGAGUACAUGAGAACCGAAGACACGAAUAUCGAACAUGUGAAUACCAAUCAGACGACUGCUGAUGAAGUGAUCAGCCAUGAAGGUAGAUCUGUUAUUGCACAGGAAAGCAAUAUGCUCUCGCAGGAUCCCUCUACACAGGAGGCAGAGCAACACCCCAUGGGUCGAGCACUUUCUGCGCUGGAGAGCGACCGUGGCGGAAAACGAGGAAAAAGAGGGAAAAAGAAGAAGGCAGAGCCAGCAACGCCCACCCGCAAGAAUCCUCCUCGAGCGGCCCGCAGUGCGACCCCUAAGCGCUAAGUGGAUUAAACGCCUUGAAGACACCAUGGCUGGGCCACCGUCGAGGAAGGUCGCCACUACACUUUCGGGAGAGACAUUGACGACACGAGAUCUGGCAACCUGCUAUACACCGUUGGAGUGGCUGAAUGACGAAGUGAUCAACGCGUACAUGGCAUUAAUUAUCGACUACUUGCGAAGAACCAACAACAACUCUGGGCGGCAUGACAAGCCGCGAUACCACGCAUUCAAUUCUUUUUUCUUUUCCAAUUUGCGAGACAAGGGAUACGAGUCUGUCCGCAGGUGGGCGACACGGGCCAAGAUUGGAGGCAAGGCUCUCCUCAACGUCGACACGGUGUUUGUGCCUAUCCAUGACAAAUCUCACUGGACACUCAUCGUGGUCAAGCCGUGCGAUCGCACCAUCGAACACUUCGAUUCCCU